AUGGGAAUGCCUAUGAUUAUAGAGAAGAAUGAGAGAAAUCUUUUGGAAUUAAGUUAUGAAGUAAAAGAUUUUCAUGAAAAAAAAAUUAGAGACCUCAGGCGAUUAAAACCAUUCCUCAUCGAAAAUAAUACAUAUAGUUGUAAUAAUGAUCAGAGAUGUAUGCAAAUAUUUAACGAAUAUAAUAUUUGGAUUAAUGACAGGAAAAAUUAUUUUGAGAAAAAAAGACAACUCAUUCAAAAAAAUUCCUCAUCUGUACAAAGGAAAUUGAAAUUUUCAAUACCAAUUAGUAACUUGCUGAAUCCUGAGAUAUAUAGUGAAUUUUCUGAAACUUUACCUUCAGUUUCAGUUCCACUUGAAGAAGAAGAUGGAAAAGAGAUAAGAGGAGAAGGAAAAGAAGAAGGAAAAGAAGAAGGAAAAGAAGAAGGCAUAUCCUUAAGAGUAAGAGGAAAUGCGUCUGAAAAUCAAAGUACACUACAAGAAGAAGCUUCAACUUCAGGGGCAUCAUCACUUCAAACAUCUGAUACUAUAAGUGCAGGAGAAUUACCUGGAUCAGCUGUAGAUUCCCCAAUUCCAGAAGCUGAAAAUUCAAAGUUUCCUAAAUAUUCAGAACAACCUACUUCAAUGACUGAAACUGAUCCUGUAGAACAACGUCCAAUAACUCUUGGAUUAGGAGGAAGUACUGGUCAUAUAACUACUAUACCAUCUGAUGAAGCAGUAAAACCUGAUUCAAGUUCUGUUUUUAUUACACCC